UUCCUGUGCCCGCUCGUCUCCGUCUCCGACGCUGAAUAUGGACAGGACGCUCGUUGCCUUGGCGAGAAAAGCUUCAGCUCGGAGACCGGCCACCUUUGACUGGUGGCGGGGCUUCUGCACUCCGUCGUCGCCUUCCCUGAACUCCAAACUCUUCGUCGGCGGGCUAUCCUGGUCGGUUGAUGAGAAGUCGUUGCUCGACGCUUUUUCUUCUUUCGGGGAGGUCUCUGAAGUGAAGAUCCUGUAUGAUAAAGACAGUGGCAGGACGAGAGGCUUUGGAUUCGUUAGUUUUGCUAAAGAAGAUGAUGCUAUAAGUGCAAAAGAUGCUAUGGACGGAAAGGCGCUGUUAGGUCGACCGUUGAGAAUAAGCUAUGCCCUUGAAAAGGUUCGCGGUGCGCCGGUCGUAGUCUCUCGCCUUCCAGGCACUGGCAGUGUCACGAGCCUGAAAGAUUAAGCCGCCAUUCUUUUGCCAUGUCUUCAGCUGUAUUUACCGAAGAAAUGGAAUUGGCUUCAACUUUCAUUGUCAGGAGACUGGUGAAGAAGGAUAUGCAGUUUCAGUUCAAUCUGAGCUGCUUCUGAAGCAUCUUCUUGAAAUCACAAUAUAAAUUUUAGCUGAACUUCGAGAUUCUGUUCUGCUACUCCUCUUACCUCUACCGUGCGCUCAUGUUUCAAAGGUAUCACUUUGUGCUCCGAGCCGAUGGAAUAGCUUAUAAAGCUCAUGUAUUUCUUAUGGUUCUAGGGCAUCUCUUGUUCGUAUUACAGAAUUGGGAUCACAUCUUAUAAUAUGACUACUGUGGCAAUUACAGGGCCCUUUUCUUCGAA